AUGCCAAAUAUAAAAGUUUUUAGUGGUAGUUCACAUAGAGAUUUGUCUCAAAAAAUUUGUCAACAACUUCAAUUAGAUGUUUCAAAAGCAUCUUUAAAAAAAUUUAGUAAUAAAGAAACAAAUGUUGAGAUUGGGGAAUCUGUUAGAGGUGAAGAUGUUUAUAUAAUACAAUCUGGUACAGGUGAAGUCAAUGAUAAUUUAAUGGAAUUGCUUAUAAUGAUAAAUGCAUGUAAAAUUGCUUCAUCAUGUAGAGUUGCAGCUGUUAUACCAUGUUUUCCUUAUGCUAGACAAGAUAAAAAAGAUAAAUCUAGAGCUCCAAUCUCUGCUAAAUUAGUAGCAAAUAUGCUUAGUGUUGCUGGAGCUGAUCAUAUUAUCACGAUGGAUUUACAUGCUUCCCAAAUUCAAGGAUUUUUUGAUAUUCCUGUUGAUAACUUAUAUGCUGAACCAGCCAUAUUAAAAUAUAUUAGGGAAAGUAUUCCAUCAUGGCAAGAUUCAGUUAUUGUUUCUCCAGAUGCUGGUGGUGCAAAACGUGUCACUUCUAUUGCAGAUAGACUUAAUGUUGAUUUUGCAUUAAUUCACAAAGAAAGAAAACGUGCAAAUGAAGUUGAGAAAAUGACAUUAGUUGGUAAUGUAGAAGGUAAAAUUGCCAUUUUAGUUGAUGAUAUGGCAGAUACAUGUGGAACAAUUUGUCUUGCUGCCGAUAAAUUAGUUGAAGCUGGUGCUAGUAAAGUGUAUGCAUUUUGUGUUCAUGGUGUUUUUUCUGGACCAGCAAUUAAAAGAUUAAAUGCUUCAAAAUUUGAAGCUAUCGUUGUUACAAAUACAAUACCACAAGAAGAGAAUAUGAAAAUGUGUCCUAAAAUUCAAUGUAUUGAUAUUUCAGGGAUUUUAGCUGAAGCUAUUAGAAGAACUCAUAAUGGAGAAUCUGUUUCUUAUCUUUUUUCACACGUACCAAUGUAA